AUGCGCGCGUUGGAACUCCGCGUGACGUGCGCGCGCGACGCCGCGAGUCGUAAGGCGAGAAAGUUGAAGAAGAGAGAGGACCAGAGAGAGCUCGAAGACCUUCGACGACGACGAUGCGAGGAGGCGGCGUCGCGGGCGAAGGUGAAGGCGUCGGCACCGGAUGGAAAGUUGACGUCGAUGGAUGAGGCGAACGAGCGGGUGGAGCGCGCGCGGGUGAGGGCGUUGGAGGCGGGGGAGACGACGCGCGCGCUCAAGGCGGACGCGCGGGCGAGCGAAGCGUGGGAUCAGAACGUGGGGUAUAAGGGACACCCGGAGGUGAUGGAGGCGGUGCUCGCGUACGAGCGAGCGAAGGUGCGGUGGUUGGAGACGCGUCUCGAACGCGCGCUUCACGAGGCCAAGGGCGACGGUGGCGUCUUGGAGGCUUUUAAUUGGUACUAUGGGGAAAACUUUCAGGCACGCGAUGGAGCAAAUUCGAAGAGUUUGGGGUACAUGCUACCUGCGGUGAUGAAGACAUCGACGCCUCGCGCGGUGAGCGAAAUAUGCGCCGUCUCACUCGAGGGGGGCGCGGAGCUCCCGGUGAAAGCUAGAGCACUGGCGAUCGUCACGCUCGAGAGCGCUCGGUCGAACUUAGAUGAGGAAGGCGUCGAGACGUUGGCCGCGCUGAAAGCGGGCGCGGCGUCGUCGACGGCGAAGUGA